ACUCAACGCCGAAAACACCCACAAACACAACAAUCUUAUCAAUUGGAAAUCGUCCAAAAAUAAAUUUUGCAAAAAUUUUAGUGUAAUUUCGACUCAAAAUGCUCUAAUAUUGAAUUAUUUGUCCAUUUUAAAUGCAAGAAUCAUCGACCAACUGUGAUAAAGAUGAUAAUCUAUAGCGUUUAUAUAGUUUCAAAAUCCGGAGGUUUAAUCUUCAAUUACGAUCAUGUAACUCCGAAAGUAGAAAUAGAACAAACGUUCAGCUAUCCUUUAGAUUUCAAACUAGCCAAUGAGAAUAAAAGAGUCGUUGUAUCCUACGGACAACGAGAUGGAAUCAUGGUUGGCCACGUCUUAAUGUCAGUAAAUGGAAUUACAGUCAGUGGACAACUACUCGAAGAUGGUAGAGAUGUAUUCGAGUUGUUGGAAAAUCCCGAAAAUUAUCCCUUAAGUUUGAAAUUUGGCAGGCCCAAAAUGACCACAAACGAGAAAAUAUUUUUAGCCAGUAUGUUCUAUCCGUUAUUCGCUAUCGCUAGUCAAUUAAGUCCUGAACCGAAAAGCUCUGGGAUUGAAAUGCUCGAAGCUGACACGUUCAAAUUGCAUUGUUUCCAGACUCUAACAGGUGUCAAGUUUAUGAUCGUAGCAGAACCUACGGAAUUUCGACUGGAUGCUUUACUAAAAAAGAUUUACGAAUUAUACGCCGAUUAUGUAUUGAAGAAUCCAUUUUAUUCUUUAGAAAUGCCAAUACGAUGCGAAUUGUUUGAUCAGAAUUUGCACGCUUUAUUGGAACAAGUUGAGAAAUCAGGGUUAACUAAUCUAUAAGUUUUGUUAGGUACCUACUUUUAUAUGUAUUUAAAUGUUAAUAAAUCGUUUCAUUUUUAUAA